AUUCAACUUAUUUGCAGAAGAUUGUAACCUCUAUGCCAGCAACUCAGAUCUCCAUUCCUUGAUGAGAAACUAUGAACACUGAAUUGACCAAAGUCAGGACCUGGAUAAAACGUAAUAAUCUGUACUUAAACCUCGAAAAACCCACUACACAAUCUUUCACAGAAGGAAAAAUCUACCCCCAGAUUUGGACCACCUGUACCUUGGAAAUACUGUCUUCAAAUGUGAACAAAAUACUAAAUUACUUGGGUUGUUGUUGAUGAGAAACUUAACCGGAGAAACCACAUACAAGCGGUAUCCUGUAUCAUAGGCACAGGCAACCCGCGGCCUGGACCAUGUGUUUGUGCAGCCCGUGGAGUGACUGAGAAGUUCUAUUUAAUGUGGCCCACUGUACAGCAAGAUGCAGCCAGUUUAUGGUGAGGAAAUAAUAAAUCAACAGAUGGCAGAGAAAUUAACAACAGAGAAAAGACUCAGUUUAAUAAUCACAGGAGGAAGGCCAAAGGCUGAAAACCGAUCACUUAUACAAAAGCAUUUAAUUGACACCACAAGCGUUUGUAUAGAAGGUUGCUUUAAUUGUUUGUAUGACAUCAAUAAGUAAAGUAAACCACAAGAAAGGCCUCAGAUGGCCAUGGUAAAUAGGCAUACAGAACCGGCAUAUUAUUAAUAGAAAGAGUAAUGGUUAAUAUUCCAUAGUAACUAUUCAUGGAACUUUAUACUGAUUCCUAUAUAGGGAGAUAAAGCUCCCCAAAAUACAGUACUACAGUCGACCCUCGUUAAAACGGACCCCUUUAAUCCGGAUAACGGAUAAACAGGACGAAAUCUGAGUUAAGCGAGGGACUGUCCGUGUCAAAUUUCUGGUUCUGGGAUUGUCCGAUAGAUGGCUAGCGCGCACCAAACUGCCAGUCAUUGUUGACUUUUAGCGCCAUAUUCGAGUAUCGGUGUUGUGUUGCCCUGCAAUUUUCGUUGAUAUUUCAGUGAUUAGGCAUCUUUCAGCCUUGUAUUUUACAUCAUGCCUUCAAGGGGGAGUAAUACGCCGAAGGGGAAGCAUGUGACCCUUUCUGUGAACCAGAAACUGGAACGUAUGAGGAAGUUAGAGGCUGGUGCUUCGGUGGCUAGAGUUUGUGGCGAGUAUGGUGUUAAAAAGUAAACAGUUUCGGACAUACGCAAGGCUAAGGACAAACUCACUCAGAGGGCGGGCGAAAAUGACGUCACAGAAGACGACAUGAGAAACUGGCUAGAAGACACAGAGGGUGACCCUGGAUACCAAGUCUUAACAGAAGAAGAAAUAGCGGAUGAAGUUCUCGUUGGUGACAGCAGAGAUAGUGAAGAUGAGGACGACGACGAACCAUUGCCCAAGAAACCCAAACUCUCUGUUAUAUGAGAAUCCAUUGAUAUUAUCAUUUCUUACAUUGAAUUGUCAGCAGAAACUGAUGUUCAGCAUUACUAUCAACAUAUUAGAGCCUUUAGGGAACUCAUUAUCCAGAGGCAGCAUCAGCAAGGUAAACAACUGAAACUCGACUCAUUCUUCAAGCCAGUUCGUCCUAACCCUGCUGCAGCUGUUGAGCCUGCUGACGAUAUUGAUGACCCUCCUGCUGCUGACUCAGGCCAUCCUCAGUCACCUCAGCCUUCUAUGAGUGGGGGACAAGGACCAGUGGAGCAUCAUAGCUCUACUGACUCCGAAUGACAAGUUAUCACCUCUACCCCCCACCUCCACCACAGCAAGCUCAUCUGUCAUCUACCAAAGAAGCCACUCACUCCUGACACCUUGCAAUCUUCCCAAAAUGUUGCAGGAUGUAACACCUGUGCUCCUGAUGACCAUCAUGUUGUGUUACGGCCUUGUCCCCAUCAACCACGACGGCAGGUUGCUCUUGAUGGGUGUUGAAUCAUCAGCCAUGGGUGCAGUGUUCAACUUGUCUUGCUUGAUGCAGGAGUGUCAACAAGGAUUUGACCACAGACUCACCCCUGCUGCCAGUGUAGCCACAGGAGCAGCCAAGACUGACUGGUGGAUGCCAGACAAAGAUGAUGGAGUGGUGAUGACAGUUCUCCAUGAUGUUACUGGCUCUAUUCUCUUACAAAAAACUUUUAAUACAUGGAAUGCCUUCACAUAUGCACAGGACCUCACAUGGUGGGUGCAUAAGUUACAGGCAGGUCGUGUGGUGGUGAUGGUGGUGCGAAGGGCAGGCACAUAUGGCUUAGGAGCAGCUUUGCCAACUCUCACUAGUCUUGGCUCCCUGCUUGCCCCUUACGCUCCUCCUCAUGCACUCUGGGUGUGGGCAUUCGUGGUAGGUGGACAGACAUUACUUGAGACUGUAGCACCAAACCCACAUUCCUUGUAUAAUUCAAAGACGUUAUUGUAUGCUCAUGCUGUAGUCCCACUUAUGCCUUUCUCAAAACCUCACAAGGAUACUUCACAUCCACUUCUUUGUGACAGUAAUGCAGCAAUGGGUCCUAUCUGUGAUCCUGUUAAACCAAUAUUAAUGUCCCCUGUGUUAUCUAGAAUAGAAAAAAUCUCCAGUCAGGAUGACAAAAAGAAGGUAGGAGUAGUAGUGUGUGCAGGAGGGCGGCUCCAAUAUUUGGCCCAUACGCUCACCCGUCUGAUGGAAACCAGAAAAAUAUCAAUAUCCAUGGUCUUAGUUGUUGUUGGUACUGACCAUAAUGGUUUAGUUGAUUCUAGUACACUGUCUCUGUUGGAGCAUUUCCACUUUCAUUAUCAAGUAGUAAACAUUUCCCAAGAUGUGCCUUCCAUCAAUCAUCGUCUCUUUCAGUUUUACCGAGCAGCUUGGACAGCAGGAAUAGAAAGUUUUCCUGAUGCACGAUAUUUAGCCUUCCUUGACGAAGAUGUGGAGGUAUCACAUGACUGGCUGGAGAUGCUGCUCCACUAUGCUCCAGCUCUGGAGAUAGAUGCCUCUCUUUGGUGUGUGUCAGGCAUUGGUGCUGCUCAUAUCAACAUGUAUUCAGACCCUCAUCUGAUGAUGCGUGGAUCUAGGCAACCUGGUUGGGGAUAUUUGGUGCUCACUGCAGAAGCAAGAAAAGCUGUUGCAAUAUGGCCAGAUACUUCUUCAGUGUCCUUAUUGUAUGAUAAUUUUCUCUAUAGAACAGUAGGCCAGGAACGAGAGUGUAUAUACCCAGUCUUGAGUCGUUCGCGACACUAUGGCAUAGGGGUCAAUACCCUACCAGACAUACACCACUUCUACUUUUUGGAGCGACCACUACAUAACGGAUCAUCUGUGUGGCUCCCCCCCAUGACUGCCCUUACUAUAUCAGAGUAUGAUUUUUGGGUUUGGUCUCGCUUAUCCCAAGCCUCACCAAUCACCAGGAACCCAUGUGCUCCAGGCUUCCUCAUAUCCCCCAAAAUCUAUGAACCUAAGGACUUUGUAUUUUAUUUUUUCUUGGACAAUCUAAAGAAUUCCCUAGAGUGGACACUGCUGGCAGAAUGCAUAGGUGCAUGGCCUUACUCCACCCAGGGGAUGCAUAGUGGUACUGUUGAACUACCCCAGGCCUGGGGAGGAUCACUCUGGCUUGUGGGAGUUCCAGCAUCUCCAUUUGAAUCCUUAAAACCUUCCCAUAUUCCUGCCUGGCACCUUACUACAAGAGAAGAAUUCGAUCAACAAGCCUCAUUUUUUUCAUCUCUCAGAUCUAUCACAGACCAAAUCAAUAGAACCUUACAAGUUGCUGUCACUCAACUGUUUUUAUAAAGCAUUGACAUGAUUCUUUUGUCUUCUCUUCGCAGUUUUUUCAUCUGUAAAUAAAAAAAAUUUCAGAAUUUUUAAAUAAUUACAUCCAUUCAUUAUUUUCCUAUUUACUAUAUUAUGCCCUACAUCACCAGCUCAGCAACCUUUAAAAUACUUUUUCUCUAGGCAUCACUUUAAUACAACUAGCCACAAGACUCUCCAUUUGUAGGACUGCACUACAGUAACUUAGUAUUAGACAUUACAUGUAAAUACUUGGUCAUAGUUCAACCUGUUAUCUUGGUAUAAUAUCAAGCUCAAGUCAAUGUUAGUUUCAUCUUUAUAUCGACAAUCAUAUACAAUCACUAAUCCAUAUAUAUUAUGCCUAUUCUUGUUGUGGGGCACAAUGUAUUGUCUUAACUAUGGUGUUAAUGCUGCACUAGAUAAAAACCAUAAAAUGUA